UUUCCGAAAUCGAAAGAGAAGCGCUUGGAAUUGGCUGUGUGCACAGAGCUUUCCGAACCAGAGGAGGAGGAGGAGGAGGAGGAGGAGGAAGAAGACAUGGAGGUGGCUGACCAAUUGACGGCGAGUGAGGAGGAUAAAGAAAAUAACAGCGAGGACGAGAAGGUGAAAGGGCAGAAGUCGAGGGCCACGCGCUCAGCCAAUGCCAAAACCAAGAGGAGGCGGCUGGUGGUGGAGUCGGAUAGUGACGCGGAGAGCUCCGAGGAGGAGUUCAAGCCAGAGCAGAACGAUGGGAGCAGUGAGGAGUGCAGCAGCGGGGUCGAUGAGAGGGAGCUCAGUGAGCCUGAUACAGAGACUGAUCCCGACAGUCCCAUCAAGACGCCGUUUAAGCGGAAACGUGGAGGCACGGCCAGAGCGAAAAGUGCUUCCAGCUCCCCCUCUGAAAUGCCCAAGAGACCAGCGGCAGUGUCUUUGAGCACCAAGUCCAGGCUGUCGGCGUUCUCUGCCCCAGAGACAUUCGAGUGCCAGUCUAAUGGUGGCGGAGCAGGCAGCCCCUCACCGGGCACCACCUGGGAUCACGAGAAGCUGGAGUGGUUAAAACCGGGCAAGAGGAAGGACGCCAGGAGGCGAAAAGAAAGUGAGCCUGACUAUGACCGCGCUACGCUGCAUGUCCCCGACGACUUCCUGUGCAAGUGCACUCCGGGCAUGCGGAGGUGGUGGGAGCUGAAAUCGCAGAUGUUCGACACCGUGAUUUUCUACAAAGUUGGCAAGUUCUACGAGCUGUACCACAUGGACGCUGUUACCGGCGUCACCGAGCUGGGGCUGUCGUACAUGAAGGGCAGCUGGGCGCACUCGGGUUUCCCCGAGAUUGCUUUUGGCCGUUUCUCGGACGUGCUGGUUCAGAAAGGGUACAAGGUGGCGAGGGUGGAGCAGACGGAGACGCCCGAGAUGAUGGAGGCCCGCUGCAAGUCGCUGCGUCACCCGACCAAGUUUGACCGGGUGGUGCGGCGCGAGGUGUGCCGGGUCAUCACCAAGGGCACGCAGACGUACAGCGUCCUGGAUGGCAGUGCGGCCGAGAGCUGCAGCAAGUACCUACUGUGCCUGAAAGAGGCGGCAGGCACAGAGCUGGCAGGCCAGGCACGCUCCUACGGAGUCUGCUUUGUCGACACGUCCGUCGGCAAGUUUCACGUGGGCCAGUUUGCGGACGACCGGCACUGUUCCCGUUUCCGGACCUUGUUGGCGCAUCACCCUCCAGUGCAGGUGCUGUUCGAGAGGGGGAACCCGUCGGCUGAGAGCAGGAAGAUUUUGAAAGGCUGCCUUGUCGCGGCCUUACAGGAGGGCCUGCAGCCUACCUCCCAGUUCUGGGACGCCUCCAAAACCCUCCGAGUGCUCGCCGAGGAGGGCUACUUCAAUGAAACAAGGGACGCUACUGACCCGGGAGUCCCUCUGCCAGCCGCUCUGCGGCCAAUGGUGUCCGAGACGGACUCUCUCGCCCUCACCCCGGGUGAAGGCUAUGACCUAGCCUUGUCGGCCCUUGGCGCCUGUGUGUUCUACCUCCAGCGGUGCCUCGUUGACCAGGAGCUGCUGUCGAUGGCCAACUUUGAGGAGUACACGCCCGUGGAUGCGGCUGCCGAUCGGGUGAAGGUAUCUCCUGCCAUCGGGCGACAGCGCCUGGUACUGGACGGUGUCACCCUGACCAACCUAGAGCUGCUGCAGAACGCCACCACUGGCACCCGCGAGGGCACCCUGCUGGAGCAGCUGGACCACUGCUGCACCUACUUUGGCAAGCGGCUACUGAAACAGUGGCUGUGUGCCCCGCUGUGCCAGCCCCUCGCCAUUGAGGACCGGCUGAAUGCCAUUGAGGAUCUCAUGGCUGUGCCCAGCAAGAUCUCGGAGCUGGUUGAGCUGCUGAAGAAAGUGCCCGACUUAGAGCGGCUCCUGAGCCGGAUCCACAGCAUUGGAUCUCCACUGAAGAGCAAGGACCACCCCGACAGCCGCGCUGUGCUCUACGAAGAGACCAGCUACAGCAAAAAGAAAAUUGCUGACUUCCUGUCUGCCUUGGAAGGUUUCAAAGUCUUCCAGGAGGUGCUGCAGGUCAUCGAGCCGUCUGUGGCUGCCUUCCGGUCUCUGUUACUUAGGCAGAUCGUCAGCCUGAAAGGCAGCACUGCCAACGGCCUCUUCCCUGAUCUCUCCGCUGAGCUGAAGAGGUGGGACACAGCAUUCGACCACCAGAAGGCGAGGAACACUGGAGUCAUUACUCCCAAAGCUGGCUUCGACCCGGAUUACGACCAGGCCCUCGCUGACAUCAAGGAGACAGAGCGUAACCUCCAGGAGUACCUGGAGACCCAGCGCAAGAGGCUCGGCUGCCGCAGCGUCGUUUACUGGGGCUCGGGCCGGAAUCGCUACCAACUGGAGGUUCCCGAAAAUGUCGCCGAUCGCCGUGUGCCAGAGGAGUACGAGCUGAAGUCGACCAAAAAGGGUUACAAACGGUACUGGACUAAAGCGAUUGAGCAGCUGUUGGAUACGAUGAACAAUGCUGAGGAGAGGCGCGACAGUGCUCUUCAGGACUGCAUGAGGAGGCUUUUCUACAACUUCGACAAGAACUACAAAAACUGGCAGGCCGCUGUGGACUGCAUUGCUGUCCUUGAUGUUUUGUUGAGCCUAACACACUAUAGUCAGAGUGGAGAUGGGCCGAUGUGCAGACCUGUCGUAAUGUUUACUGAGGAUGACACACAGCCGUUCCUGGAGCUUCGAGCUUCACGCCAUCCUUGUGUCUUAAAGACCUUUUUUGGGGAUUUCAUCCCGAAUGAUGUGUUCAUUGGCUGCACGGACGUGGAAGAUUUGGAAGGUGGUGUCAGUAAGAAGCAGGCUUCCUGCCUGCUUGUAACAGGCCCAAAUAUGGGAGGAAAAUCCACACUCAUGAGACAGGUUGGCCUCUUGGUCAUCCUGGCACAACUGGGCUGCUAUGUGCCUGCAGAAAGCUGCAAAUUUAACCCAGUUGACAGAGUUUUCACACGUCUAGGAGCAUCUGAUAGAAUCAUGUCAGGUGAAAGCACCUUCUUUGUGGAACUCAGCGAGACAUCCAGUAUCUUGCAACAUGCAACUCCAUAUUCCCUUGUGCUUCUCGAUGAAUUAGGCCGUGGCACAGCAACAUACGACGGCACAGCAAUUGCUAGUGCAGUAGUGAAGGAGCUUGCUGAAAACAUUAAGUGCCGCACAUUGUUUUCUACACACUACCAUUCCCUUGUGGAAGAUUUUUCUCACUCCACAGCAGUCAGUUUAGGACAUAUGGCCUGUAUGGUUGAGAACGAGUGUGAGGAUCCAAGUCAGGAAACUAUCACGUUUUUAUAUAAAUUUAUCAAAGGAGCCUGUCCAAAGAGUUAUGGAUUUAAUGCAGCAAGACUUGCAAACAUUCCUGAGGAAAUUAUUCAGAAAGGUCACAAGAAAGCUAAAGAAUUUGAGAAGACCACAGUUUCCUUCCGCCUUUUCAAGUAAGUAUAGAAAAUAAUUAAACCUUGUUUUAACUGUUUUGAUUAGCAAAUAUCAGAUAAGAUAAUGGCAGUUGUGUGUAUGUUACUUGGCAAGUAUGGCGUACAUACGAGUGAAUUUCAUCAAGCUGCAAGAGUGGUAAAACUAGUUUCCCAAUGGAUUAAUUAUAACUUUUUAUUAGUCAGGAAAGAGCCCAACCUCCAGGGUUGAUAUCCUUUUUCCUACGGUUAAUGCAAGCUGGUUUUUAAGAUACAGUAGUGACCAUGUUCUCUUUACUGCUGGGGAUAGAAUGUGAAAAUAUAUUGCUUGCUUUGAAUUCUUAAGUUUCUACACAAUUAGCAUAACAUGCUAAAGAAUGUUUUCACUUUAUCUCCCUUUCAAAACAGAAGGGUAGCAAGGUACACUUAGCAAAAAGUAACUGUCUUUUAGCUCACUUACAAUGAAUGGGUGGAUUGUGGUGUAGUGUAGUUACUACUUCUGAAGUUUUAAUGUCUGUAAAAGAUUAAAUUUUCAAAUACUUUUUUUUCCCCCCUUCCAGAGAGAUGUGCUUUUUGGUUGAAGACCCAAAUAUUAACUUCUUUACCCUACAGCCAGUACUGCAGAAGAUUGCUGAAAUCUGAAAACAGUAUCAAGCGUAUGGUUUAACUCAAAGACAUGAUUGUUGAAAUUAUGUUCUAAUAAAGUUUAUUUUAAAAUGA